AAAAUUUGAAAUAUAUACACACUGUCUAACAGAUAACAGUAUUUGCAAAAUAAUAUAAGAGUGCGUACAAUAUAAACAACACGAAUGCGCGUAUGACUAAAUCCCCUUAAUCCAAUCUUUCUGUUUUUCUUCCUCUUAAAAAGCCAACUUAAUCUCACACUCUCUCUCUAUGAUCUCCCUCUUCACUCCUCUCUCCCAACAAAUGUCUUUCGCUUUUACCAAAUCAUUAUUUAAAUUUGAACUAUGAGACAUGGGACUUUUCCGACGACUUUUUGGUCCCAAAAAAGCAGGUUCCGGUUCUUCCCCGACGGCCAAGGACAAAAAGCGAUGGAGUUUCGCUAGAUCUUCAAACACAAUUCCUUCACUUUCCAAUAAGCGUGAUAUUUCUUUAUCAGGUCCGUUUGAUGAUAGUUUAGAUGCGAACAAGCACGCUAUAGCCGUGGCAGCAGCCACUGCAGCGGUUGCUGAGGCCGCACUUGCCGCUGCUCAAGCGGCUGCUGAGGUUGUCAGAUUGACUAGUGGUGGAGGGAGAAGCACCACUACUAGUAAUGUCUCCGGUCACGUUAGUGGAAGUCACCGCCGGUGGCAAGUGGAGGUGGCUGCGGUUAAAAUACAAUCGGCGUUCCGUGGUUAUCUGGCAAGGAGGGCACUCAGGGCGCUGAAGGCAUUAGUAAAGCUUCAAGCUUUAGUGAGAGGCCACAUUGUGAGAAAGCAAACAGCAGACAUGCUUAGGCGCAUGCAGACGUUGGUGAGAGUGCAGGCUCGAGCUCGUGCUAGUCGUUCUCACGUGUCAGAAUCAUUUCAUACUACUAGAAAGUCUUCUCUGCCACAUAAUACUGUCCCUGCAAGUCCUCAUAAGGAUUAUCAUCUUCAGGGUUAUAAUACUAAAUUUGAUGGGCCGUCAAUCCUUAAGAGAUGUGGUUCAAAUUCAAACUUCAGAGACAUCAAUGUCAUGCACCUAGAUGAAGCAAAACUAGGUGCAAAUUGGUUGGAACAUUGGAUGGAAGAAAGUUUUUAUAACAACCAUGGCAGCAUCCCAAUGAGAAAGCAACAUGCUGACGAUGAGAGAAGUGACAAGAUCCUUGAAGUGGAUACUUGGAAGCCCCACAUGAAAUCCCAGAGUGUUGGAACAUUUCAGAUGUCGCAGGAUGUUUUGGCAUCAGAAUAUAAGAACCAGAGCCUUACAACAUUCGACUCACCGUCAAAAUCAUCAACAAAAGCAAUAAAUCAAAUGCCGACUGUGCCUUCAGGAGAAGUUUUAUCAUUAAACUCUCUUAAAUUCCCCCUUGGAAAGGACGAAGCGGUUUUAAGGACAGUGGAGAACAGCCCCCACGUGUUUUCCCCAUCAUCUAGGCCUGGAAGUAGUGGCAGAAGGGGUACUUUUACACCGACAAGGAGUGAGUGCUCAUGGGGCUUUUUUAAUGGAUAUUCAGGUUAUCCAAACUACAUGGCUAACACAGAAUCCUUCCGCGCCAAGGUUAGAUCACAAAGUGCCCCAAGGCAGAGGCUAGAGUUUGAAAAAUAUAGUUCAAGCAAAAGAUCUGUGCAAGGGUUCUAUGAAGCAGACACUAUUUCAGAAAGGGGCUUUGCACAACAAACCAACUUUAGGAACAAAGCUUAUCCAGUGUCUGGCCGCUUGAAUAGUAGACUAGGGAGUACCGAUUUGAGGUGACAACCACUUGUUUUCUAAUCUGUUUUUUUUUUUUUUUUUGUUUCUCCGAUCUUUUCCCUCUAUCCAAUGUGUGGCAGAAUGCUAUUGCUGUAAUUAUUUAACCAUGAUCUCACAAAUCUUGUCCGUAUGGAAUUGAAUCAUUGGUGUUUCAAAUAUAUGUAGUUACCAAAAUUUGUGAUUGUACCUUUAUUUGUUCCGGUAAUGUUCAAUUGUUAUUCCAGUUGUGCUCA